GCAAACGGAUGUGACAUAGUCUGCACUCCUUGAGAUCACAAAAACACGCCUGAGACAUGCAGCUGACAUUUCAAGAAUUGGAUAAAGACAUUGCCGUGCGCAUCGAUGCGCUCUUUCCCAAGAAGGAGUGUUUCAUUGAGGUGCUGCCUGGGCAUGUGGUGCUGCCGCGUAAAUUCAUGAACAUUGCGGAGUCCAUACGGGAAUUGCCGAUUUACGAAGAUGAUGUUUGGAUGAUAUCCUAUCCGCGCACUGGUUCGACGUGGGCACAGGAGAUGGUCUGGUUGCUAGGCAACAAACUGGACUUUGAGGGCGCCAAGCAGAUGCAGCAGUUACGCUCGCCAUUGAUUGAACUGUCGGCGCUUUUUAGCGAGGAUCAUCAUGAAUGGGUCUCAAAUUCAAUUGGCAACACCGUUAACGUUGUACGAGACAUGUCACGUCCACGAUUCGGUCGUUCGCAUUUAACAUGGGAUUUGCUGCCGCGAGGUUUCGACAGUGUGAAGCCCAAAAUUAUAUACACUGCGCGAAAUCCUAAGGACCUGUGCGUCUCCUUCUAUUACUACUGCAAGUUGGUGCAUGGCUUGAAAGGACCUUUCGAAGACUUCCUUGAACUGUUUCUGGAUGAGCGUUCGCCGAUGGGUUCCUACUGGAACCACGCUUUACCCUUCUGGCAGCGCCGUAAUGAGCCAAAUAUUUUAUUUUUGAAAUACGAAGACAUGAAGCGCGAUCUGCCGAAAAUCGUGCGCAGUUGUGCGAAGUUUCUCGAUGUCGACUAUCAAAUCAGCGACGAGGACUUGACGCGCAUUUGUGAACAUUUGAAAUUCGAUAAAAUGCAGGCGAAUCCUGCGGUCAAUUUGGAGCCUUUGUUAAAGAAUGUCGCCGAUGAGCAGAACAAUAAUAUCGACCACAAUUAUGGCGAUGGAGAGGCUAAAUUCAUUCGGAAAGGUCAAAUCGGCGAUUGGAAAAAUUAUUUUUCAACAGAGGCUUCGCAGCGUUUCGAUGAAUGGAUCGAGCGAAAUUGCGAGGGGAGUGAGCUCGUAUUUGAAUAUCAGUAGUUUAAGUAAAUAUUUGGAUAAUAAAUAAUUUCUUUAUAUUCAGCGUCUAGUA